GAGCUGCGCUUGCUGUGGCUCAUGACGUCAUGCGCGAGGACAAAUUCAACAUUCUAACCGCAAUAGAGGUCGAGUUCGAUGACAUGAUUCCCGAUCCUCGCUACAACCAGUGGUUCAUCAACAACCUCCGCUGCUCCCAAGCCAGCUGCUGCUCCCAAGCCACGUUUCGAGCUCUUGUGUCCGCCCUCCGCGUCUACACGAGCGACUACAAGUUCCGCAAGUCCACGUAUUCCUUCGCCAAGAAGGUCGCCGUACCGCUGUACUUCCUCGCCAGCGAGGGCGGGCACCACGAGACAGAAGACGAGUGCCAAGGCCGGCCGUCGCGGCUUCUCGACGACUGGCUGCCUUCUUGCCGCUCGACGCUCUACGAGAACAACGUGUCCAUUUUGGCGCUGCUUUGGGCGCAUCGGCAGCGCGAUUGGGAUAGCGACGAUCUCGCCCGUACAGCGCUUGAGCUCAAAGCGUUUGACGCACUUGGGUUUUUGAUCGAGCACCUACCGACGUCGGCGCUUCAUGGCCUCUUUGACGCGGUGGCGGGGCAAGGCCAGUUGUCUUUGGUCGAGGCAUUGCACGCUCGCGGACUCGACUGCACAGCCGAAGCCAUGGACGACGCCGCUGCCAACGGCCACCUCGACGUCGUCAUCUUCUUACACGAGAAGAGAGCUGAAGGCUGCACGACCGAAGCCAUGGACAACGCCGCUGCCAACGGCCACCUCGACGUCGUUAUCUUCUUACACGAGAAGAGAGCUGAAGGCUGCACGACGGAGGCCAUGGAUCGGGCUGCCGCCAACGGCCACCUCGAAGUCGUCACCUUCUUACACGAGAAGAGAAGUGAAGGCUGCACAGCCGAGGCGUUGGUCUGGGCUGCGACCAACGGCCAUCUUGACGUCGUUGCCUUCUUGCACGAGAAGAGAGCCGAGAACUGCACGACGGCUGCGCUCCGUGGAGCGGUGGUCGAGGGCCAUCUUGGUGUCGUUCGGUUUCUCGUGGCGCACCGUGACGAGGGCGCGUCGUCCGACAUUUUGGACAUUUUGGACACCGCGGCCGCCAAAGGCCAUCUGGACAUCGUCAUCUAUCUGGACGAGCUCGGGUGUUUUGCGUGCACGACUGCCGCCAUCGACGAAGCCGCAAAGAACGGGCACCUCGACGUCGUGGACUACCUCUUGACGCACCGACGCGAAGGGGGAAGCCGGGACGGUGCCCCGCAAGGAGCCUUUGAUCACGGUCACAUGGAGAUCGUCCUGCGCCUUGUCGCGGCGGGCUACCCCCUUCCGUCGAGCGGUAGCUUUCGGCUGGUGGUGCGCGACCCAGGUGCCCUCGUGCUCAUGCAGCUCUACGUCGCGCAAGGCGUCGCGCUGCCAUCCUCGUGGGCAAAAGAUUUCUACUUUAGCAAUAAGGAAAUCGCUGAGUUCUACUUCCAACACGCGCCAGAGACAACCAACGUUGCGGCCCCAAGUUUCCCGUUCAAGUUCUGUGGCCUGGAUGAAAUCCAGCAAGCGCUGUGGGACGAAGACUUGGACUUGGUCUCGGAGCUCUGGACGCGUCAGCCAGAGCUGCGCCACGACUACUUGCUCGAGGUUGUUGUAUGCAACAACAAGUCGCCCAAAGCCCUUACGCUCCUCCUGGAAGCUGGCGUCGGGCAGCCUCGGACUGUCGCUGUCGAGAACAUCCACCGUCGCAGCUUUGAGAUGAUGAAGAUUAUUCUGCCGUACUGUCUGCACCCGAACGACCCGAUCGACAACCUCAUCUUCCUCGUCGACUGGAUCGACAAGGAGGUGCGCUACUUUACCAAGUCGCCGCUGCUGCUGCUCAAGGCUGAGAUGAUCGCUCAGGCGACGGCGGCCAACUGCCGCUACAUCCACGCCGGCACCGAGAUCGAGGCUCUCACGGAAGCGCUUCUGGAGCGCGGCGCGACCACGUCGUACCUUCAACCAGAGGUUCGGGGCAUGCAGCAACGGGUGCUCUUCAAGUCGGGCAUUGCGGACUGGGGCCUCGCGACGCUCUUCGUGCAUUUUGUCUGGGUCGACGCCACCAAGUACGUGGAGAAGCUGCUUGCGUGGCUCCAGAAGGUGACCGAUGCGACCCUCAAAGCGUAUCUGCAGCACGUACUUGAGCAGGCCGUGACGCCUGACGCCGUCGCUGCCGUCGAGGAGGCCCAUCAAGCCGCCCGGCGCGCCAAGUGGGCGAUGGCUUCCGACUACUAGUGCGAGGUUAAUAUGCCAACUGUCUUUUCUAGCGCGAGUCGGCGAUCUUCAA